GCAGGUUGUAGCUCGGCGUGGGGGCAACAAAAGCCGGCCACCAUGGGUCGCAUGCACAGCAAUGGCAAGGGCAAGAGCCGCUCGGCUCUGCCCUACAAGCGCACCUCGCCCUCUUGGCUGAAGAUCACCACCGCCGAGGUGGGUGACACCAUUGCCAAGAUGGCCAAGAAGGGCAUGACCCCCUCCCAGAUCGGCGUGCUGCUGCGCGACAGCCACGGCAUUGCCCAGGUCAAGAGCGUGACGGGCUCCAAGAUCCUGCGCAUCCUCAAGGGCCAGGGCCUGGCCCCCGAGCUGCCCGAGGAUCUGUACCACAUGAUCAAGAAGGCUGUGUCCAUGCGCAAGCACUUGGAGGCCAACCGCAAGGACAAGGACGGCAAGUUCCACCUCAUCCUGGUGGAGUCGCGCAUCCACCGCCUGGCCAGGUACUACAAGAAGACCAAGAGGCUGCCCCCCAACUGGAAGUACGAGUCCGCCACCGCCUCCGCCCUGGUGCAGGGUUAAGCGGCAGGCCUGAGCUGCCAGAAGGGGCAGCGCAGCUCUGGAGGCAGCAGCUUCCCUUCGCAUUUAGCACAGCGCAGCGUGGUUGACCGCGCGCUGGGAUCGACUGUUGCACGGUGCUGGUGCUGUUGACCGCACCGAAUGAUGUAACAGGAGGCUGAUUUGUUUA